AUGACGUGGAUGCUCCAACAGCCCCCCACGGGGAAAGGCUGGCUGCAGUCGGACAGAGACGCACGCUUGCUGGAACAGUAUCGAGACAUGUGGAAUCUGCAUCGCGCUCGGCCGUCGAAUGCUGUUCUGCCCGAUGCUACGCAUUCCGAUGUCCCGGGUACUUGGUCGUACGACACCGUCAACAGGCGCCUACGCGAGGAGAUUCUGAAACGCACGUUCCACGAGAAUGCAGAGUUUCUCCAAACGCACCCGGAGUCUCUGCAGCGGUUGCAAGCGCUCGACCAGGAGAUGGGCGAGUCUCUCACGACGCCCCUGCGCUAUUUACCAGAGGUGGAGAAGUCAAACAAGGGAGCCAGAAAAGCGGGGGCGUAUUCGCUGGACGUUGAGAAGGCGGACAUUCGACUGUGGAACGAGGUCGUCUUGCCGAAGUGGGUAGCGAAAGACGCUACGUGGGCGUCGGCGCCGUGGCUCGUAGCCGAGCUCUUUUUUUACCGGCGCAUCUCGCACGCAUUUGACUACUUCACGACGCUCUACGACCCGUUUGAGAAACAGAAGAUGGCAGGUCUCCGGGGCUGUGCGCCAAUGCUGCUUCGCUUUGGAGAGUCGCUCAGACGCAUGAACGACCCAGCGGGCUGCACGCCUGACGACGCGGCAGUCUUCAGGGCAGGCUUGCGCAGCGCCAUUCUUGGGGCGCUGAAAGGUAACGCGGCGGACCUGAGUUUGUGGCCUUGCAGCCACGAGGAAGCUGAGACACAAGCUGGGCAAGAAACGACCGCCUCGUCCGUUCUGGGGGAGGAUGACGACGAGAGCGCGUGCAUUCUCUGCGAUGACUUUGACGCCUUUUUCGAAGAUGUCCGCAGUCAAUUCUCCGCGGAGCGCUCCGCAAAGAAGGAGCGGAAGGCCGUGAUUUUCGUUGACAACGCUGGCUCAGAAGUUCUCACCGACAUGUGGCUGGCGUGUGUGCUGCUGGAAUACAAAGUUGUCGACAAGGUCGUCUUCUACGUCAAAGAAUACCCCAUCUUCGUGAGCGAUGCGCUGCCGAAAGAUUUCCAGCUCACCUACACGUGGAUUCAACAACAAGCCUCGAAAGCUAGACCGACCGUCAGUGCUCUGGCUAACUUGUGGCGGUCGUACGUGGAGAGGGGCCGAUGGGAGGUUAAGGCGCACACGUACUUCUGCAUGCCGUUCGAGUACUCGGACAUGCCCAGCGAGCUCUACGCAGAACUGCGCGACACAGCGUCGGUGCUUAUCAGCAAAGGAGACGCGAAUUACCGACGCAUCCUUGGCGAUAGAGCGUGGUCAAUUCAAACUCCGUUCUCGCGCGUGGCGCAGUACGCCCCCUGCCCACUGCUGGCUCUACGCAAGCUGAAGGCUGACGUUGCAUGCGGCAUUUCAGCGGAAAAGCAGAAGCACGCCGAGGAGACGGAUAAAGAAUGGAUGGUUAACGGCAAGUGGGGUGUAAUUCACUACUUCAACCCACGUUGUGUGGACGAGCGUCCGCUGGAAUGA